GCCGCCUCCGCCCCCCGAGCGGCGCGCCCGCCGCGCCGGAGCCGAGCCGAGCGGAGCCGGGCGGGGAGGGAGGCGGCGACCGCCGGCGGCCAGGCCGCGAUGGCGACCAGGAAGGCGGGCUCGCGGCUGGAGACGGAGAUCGAGCGCUGCCGCUCCGAGAGCCAGUGGGAGCGGAUCCCCGAGCUGGCGAGGCAGCUGUCGGCCAAGCUCAUCGCCCACGAUGACAUGGCAGAGCUCCUCCUCGGGGAGGCCAAGCUGGAGCAGUACCUGAAGGAACACCCCCUGCGGCAGGGCGCCAGCCCCCGAGGCCCCCGGCCCCAGCUGACGGAGGUCCGCAAGCAUCUGACCGCCGCUCUGGACCGAGGGAACCUCAAGUCAGAAUUCCUUCAGGAGUCCAGUCUGGUCCUGGCCAAGCUGCACUACGUGGAAGGCGACUAUGAAGGCGCGCUCAGCCUCUACGCCCGGGUGGGCCUGGAGGACUGGCCGCUGACGGGCGUGCCCCCCUACCGGCUGCGCAUGGCCGCCGACGCCUACGCCACCCAAGGACUUUGUUUAGAGAAGUUGCCUAUUUCUUCUUCUACCAGCAGUCUCCGCGUGGACCGGGAGCAGGAUAUCAUCACCUGCUAUGAGAAGGCGGGGGACAUUGCCCUCCUGUACCUUCAGGAGAUAGAAAGGGUAAUACUUUCUAAUAUUCAGAACAGAAGUCCCAAGCCUGGCCCUGCUCCCCACGAUCAAGAACUAGGUUUUUUCCUAGAAACGGGACUGCAGAGAGCCCAUGUCCUCUAUUUCAAAAAUGGGAAUCUGACAAGAGGAGUCGGGAGGUUCAGAGAGCUCCUCAGAGCGGUUGAAACGAGAACAACCCAAAACCUGCGAAUGACAAUAGCCAGGCAGCUGGCGGAGAUCUUGUUGCGGGGGAUGUGUGAGCAGAGCUACUGGAACCCUCUGGAGGACCCGCCAUGCCAGUCACCCCUGGACGAUCCUCUCCGGAAAGGAGCAAACACGAAAACCUACACCCUCACCCGGAAAGCCCGCGUCUACUCAGGAGAGAACAUUUUUUGUCCUCAAGAAAAUACUGAAGAAGCCCUGUUAUUACUGCUGAUUAGUGAAUCAAUGGCCAACCGGGACGCUGUGCUGAGCAGGAUACCUGAGCACAAGAGCGACCGUCUCAUCAGUUUACAGAGCGCAUCUGUGGUCUAUGAUUUACUGACCAUUGCUCUUGGAAGAAGAGGCCAGUAUGAGAUGCUGUCAGAGUGCUUGGAGAGAGCCAUGAAGUUCGCCUUCGAGGAGUUCCACCUCUGGUACCAGUUCGCUCUGUCGCUCAUGGCUGCCGGAAAAUCCGCGCGUGCCGUGAAGGUGCUGAAGGAGUGCAUCCGCCUGAGGCCGGACGACGCCACCAUCCCGCUGCUGGCCGCCAAGCUGUGCAUGGGCUCCCUGCACUGGUUGGAAGAAGCUGAGAAGUUUGCCAAAACGGUGGUUGAUGCAGGAGAGAAAACGUCAGAGUUCAAAGCCAAAGGCUACCUGGCCCUGGGGCUGACGUACAGUCUGCAGGCCACUGACGCUUCUCUGCGAGGGAUGCAGGAGGUCCUUCAGAGAAAGGCGCUUCUUGCAUUUCAGAGGGCCCACAGCCUGUCGCCCACAGACCACCAGGCCGCCUUCUACCUGGCCCUGCAGCUCGCCAUCUCCAGACAGAUCCCAGAGGCUCUGGGGUACGUCCGCCAAGCUCUUCAACUUCAAGGCGAUGAUGCCAACUCCCUGCACCUCCUUGCCCUCCUGCUGUCAGCGCAGAAGCAUUACCACGAUGCUCUGAAUAUCAUCGACAUGGCCCUGAGCGAAUAUCCAGAAAAUUUUAUACUGCUGUUUUCCAAAGUGAAGCUGGAGUCCCUCUCCCGGGGCCCGGACGAGGCGCUGCUCACGUGUAAGCACAUGCUACAGAUCUGGAAAUCCUGCUACAACCUGACCAACCCCAGUGAUUCUGGACGUGGGAGCAGCCUCUUAGAUAGAACCAUUGCUGACAGACGACAGCUUAAUACAAUUACUUUGCCAGACUUCAGCGAUCCCGAGACAGUGUCAGAUUCCUCCUCCUCCUCCUCUCUUUCAAGAACCGAGUCUCCUCUCCACCUGUUUGUGUCUUCUCAUCUCCACUCUCACCCCAAACCCGAUACCUUUGUGUGGCCCCCAGCUGCACGCUCAGUCAGUGACCCGGGCCCCCGCCAGGAAGCCUCUCUGUGCAACUCUCCAGAAGUGUACUUUCAUGGUUUUCCCUCCCUUUUUUCAGUUAGCUCCAUCCACGCCACGUCAGUCGCGGCCUCCAGAGUGGAGCAGGCGCUGUCGGAAGUGGCCUCGUCCCUGCAGAGCAGCGCCCCCAAGCAGGGCCCCCUGCACCCCUGGAUGACGCUGGCGCAGAUCUGGCUGCACGCAGCGGAAGUCUACAUCGGCAUCGGGAAGCCCGCGGAGGCCACGGCCUGCACGCAGGAGGCUGCCAACCUCUUCCCCAUGUCCCACAACGUCCUCUACAUGCGCGGCCAGGUGGCAGAGCUCCGCGGGAACGUGGACGAGGCCCGGCGGUGGUACGAGGAGGCCUUGUCCAUCAGCCCCACCCACGUGAAGAGCAUGCAGCGUCUGGCCCUGAUCCUCCACCAGCUGGGCCGCUACAGUCUGGCCGAGAAGAUCCUGCGGGACGCGGUACAGGUGAACUCCACGGCCCACGAGGUCUGGAACGGCCUGGGCGAGGUCCUGCAGGCUCAGGGCAACGACGCGGCGGCCACCGAGUGCUUCCUGACGGCCCUGGAGCUGGAGGCCAGCAGCCCCGCCGUGCCCUUCACGGUCAUCCCCCGCGCGCUCUGAGCGGCCCAGCCGUGCCCUUCUCGUCAUCCCGCGCGCGCCGCGCCCUCCCCGUCAUCCCCCGCGCGCUCUGAGCGGCCCCACCGACCGUCAGGCCCCGCGCGCUCAGAGCGGCCCCGCCGCGCCCUUCCCGGUCAUUCCCCCGCGCCCUGCCCCGUCACCCCCCGCGCGCUCGGAGCAGCCCCGGCCUCCCCGCCGCGCGAGGCCCCGGACGAGUGUGUGACCAGUCACCGCCCUCCAUGUGCAUUUCUGUUGCCGUUCCCGCCAGCCCGAUGAUAGUUCUCGAAUCUACUGACGUGGUUCAAAAUGGAUUACGUGCCAUAUUUUGUUAGUUGACAUCCGAGUUUUAAGUAACAUGAUUAUGGAAUUAAUCCGCAAAUGUAGAAGAAUAUAUUCAAAGUUAAAAUUCAGUGGCAGAGCAGAUUAUUUUUAUCAGAGCUGUAAAGAAAACUAUUCUCUCCCCCCCAUCACCACUCCCGCUCUAUCCUUGGCCAAGAAACCAAAUGUGAAUUUUCUGUUUCCCACCUCAGUAACUAGUCCAAGCCAGGACACCAGCUGACAAUUUCUUGGUUUUGUUGUCAAUAAUUGUACCAUGUGAUAAAUUACUGUCCUCACUUAGAACAAAGCCUGAGUCCAAGAAUAUUUAUAUUUUGCCAAUAUAUGCCUGUUACAAGAGAAGGAAAUAUGAGUUAUUUAAGUUUAACUUUUUUAUGUGAAUUCAGAGUUUAUUUAUCGAUGGAAAUAUGUACAAAGAAGCUUCAAAUGGAAUAUUUACCGACAUUCCUUAUACAUUACAGACACUUGGCUAAAUGGAAAGAUGAUGUUAAUAAUAAAAUGAUUUUUAAACGGA